AUGGGUUGGGAUGCCGUUGCCAAUGCAAUCGACUCAGACAAUGAAGUGCACGCUGCAGCUGCAAAUGUUGCGGCACAGCCGUCGGAGGGGCGGCCAGCUUCUUCAAGCAAGGUGAGUGGUGUAUCAGCCGGCCGUCCCAGAGGCAGUGCUCUGAUCAGAGGAGACAUCGCCGCUCAAGAACAGCAGUUGGAAAGUCUUAGGCUUAGGGCGGCAAGACAGCCUGAGCCCGAUGCAGAUGCUGUUUUGGCAGUUCAGCUGGAAGACCGAUCUUCUGCUUUGCAGGCUUUGACCUGUGAUGCCACUUCGAUUCAAAGAAGAUUAUGCCUGUAUGUGGACCAGCAGCUGGCCAAACAGUCUUUGCCAGACAUGCCGAACCCCGUGGUGCAGGUCAUGAACACAUCGUCGAACGUGAGUUCAUGGGCAAUCAAAGCUUUGGAAGCAAACAAGCAGUGCCAGUACGUACAGCAGGAUUACUUUCGAACAGCAGAAGCUAUGUUGCAAGCCUCUGGAUUUUUGUGGUUGGUGAAACUGAAGCGACUGCAGGAGAUGAAAAGUCAGGGCUUUGAGGUUUUGGCAGUGCUCCGCAAAAGACGUUACGACGAGAGUCCUUUCAACUUGCGCUUGAAAGAGGAACAGGUGCCAGCCCAGUCUGAGACUUCGCCGCCUUUGCUGCAGCAGCCUGCCAGAACAACUCCUGGGAAAGCAAAGGUCAUGCAGUCCGAGUUGGGCGUUGUUGUCUUGCUUCGACGCCGUGGUGAAGGCGAGAAGUACGAGUACCAGGAGGUUCAUGGCUCCUGUCCUACGUGGCUCCAUGUGCUGGACAAAACAACGAAGGAGAAUAUCGCUGAGAGCCAGCGGCAGAUUCAGAGCUUGAUUCAGAUACCUGGAAGUCUAAAAGAGAGCGCUCGGCUCCUUUGCGACAUGACCACUUCGGAUCGGUACGCUGCGAACAUUGCAGCAGAGAAGUGCCUUCAGAGCGAGGCACCCGAGUGGGCCAAGUGUCAGCACUUUUGCCUUCUUCAUAAGGCUGCAGCAGUGCAAUCUGCACAAUUCCGAUUGGUGUCCGGACAUGUGAGUGGUCUUUUAUCGCUCAGCCUCUCGAUGGCUCCGGCUGGGACUACGGCGGAGUUGAAGAAGAUCCUGUGCCGUAUCCUAGCCGACAAGCUGACUGUAGAACAUGGAGAUCCGCCAGCUCAUGUUCGGCCUCACCGAGAGGCGCUUCAUGAGUUGUUUCUGCCUGUGGGUUCUGAGACUCAGAAAUCAUUGCUGCAUCAGAAGCAGAGAGCCAUCUUGAGUUGUCUUAUGAAUGGUGAUUUACAAGACGAGGAGAAGAUCACCUAUUGGUCGGCCAAUCCUGCGGCGACCAAAGACUCGAUCAAGGAGUCCUGGGUCCGACAUGUCGCUGCAGCCCUACUUCCACACAAGAUCCCGUUCUUUAACUGGAGCAAGUGGUUGGGAGGCGAGGAUGCGAUUUCGUGGGUGGGAUUGUUGAGUACGCACAACGGGCUCCUGGUGCCACUGGUGCAGACAUGGGCGCAGUCUACAGGCAUUCCUGUGGUCGUUGGGCUGGCUCCCAGGUCUCGUGCAGCUGCAGAAACCACCGAAAGUUAUAGUUCUCCUCAUUGGCUACUGAGCUACUGUCAGCUACCCGCAGCUACCCGGCUACCCAAGGUUCCCCAAGGGUGGGCUGCGGUGGCAGAUGCCAUAGGCCCUCGCCCGACCACAAACACAUCUGCUGACUCUGCCUUCGAUGCUGUGGACCUAGAUGUGCCUGAAGACUUGGGCGCUGCAGCAGAUGACAUGCUCCCCGAGACAAACCCAGAUAUCUCAUGGGCCGAGUUCAACAAAAUGAACCGACGCAAGGCCCUAGCUUGGGUAGAGUCGAAGCCUGCUGGAGUGCUUGUGUGCAUGAGAGUGUGCAUGAAAGCUUCCCUGCAUUUGCUGUAUACACUGGUGCAUCUGGCAUCGGUGGCGUUUGUGCAAGAGCAGAUGAAGAAAUCGAGCAAGGGCCAGCCAAGGCUGCACCGAGUCGUGGAGUUUUUCUCAGGCAAGCUUCAGACGGUUUUCACGAAACACAUUCUUGAGACCUUGUCUGAAUGUUUGCCGGGGCUACCAGAUGAUGCUCACACGGAUGCUAUGCGAUCGUUGGCCUUCCGAAUGUUGUCUGUCAGUUUGUGUUCUGCACAGCAGCUGAUCUGGAGCAUUGGUGCUGGAUCUCCGUUCGUCCUUUUUCGCACAUUAGCUGCCGGUGUGGACGAGCUCUUCCAACUGCCCAAAUGUUUGUACGAUGAGAUCACACAGUACUUCAUGGCUUCCUUUCCGCAGCCUGCAGAUUUCCAAGGAGAACUUUGCCAGCAAAUGCUGCAGGCCCGAAGUGGGGGUGCUCCGUGGACUGAGCGCUCUAUGGCAGCCCUCAGCCGAGAGUUCCAUGCUGCGAAAGCGGCUGGAAGUGCGGAUUAUGAGCAGGCCAAGAAUUUGGGUGUGCUUGGACAGAUGGCUCACAGGGCAGGCAAGAGAAGUUUUACACAACCUGAAGGCCGUGCCAAACGAGCGAGACAAGCCAGAGAACGAGCGGUGGAAGCUCUGGCCCGCUCAAGCCAAGCCUGUGCAGAGGCAAUCGCAAACUGUUCGAAUAGUCAGGAACUUGACGAGGAGCUGCAAUUGCAGCUCUCAGCGAUCGCUUCUGUGAGCAGGACAAGCACCAAGCAGAAAAGCAUCGAGGCUGAAGCGGUCGAUGCUGCAGUAGCUGCCGGUUCUGAAGCUUUGGAGCCUUAUCACGCAGAGUCUGGCUUGGCUCGAGGAGAUCAUAUUUCGCAACAGGUCGGGAAGGCUUUCGUCUUCACACCAGGGCAGCCUGCCGUUGCUGAGUUCUUCGUUCCAGCUGACAAUUUUUGUCAGGAGUGGGUUGGCCAAUUAGGACACGGCAUGGGUUUGAAUUCCAUGCUGGAUGAAAGCUGGUCCAACAGAUGCACGUUGACGAAACACAGUGAUGCCCCAGUCUUGGAUAUGACCCAUGCUUUCAAGGCAUCCGUGUGCUGUUCCCUGGCAUUCUGCAUUCAUGAAGGCAAGGGCUUGCAAGCCUUCGCAAUGCAUACGAAGUUGUUCCAGCUGCUGCGGCCCUUUGUGCAAGCAGUGCGGCAGAAGAGACGAAAGGUCGGUGAGGCACUAGAACCAUCUCAAACCAAGCGCAAGAAACCUGUGCACCCGGAAGCUAGAAAGCUUCUGGAUCGGGCCAUGCUCAUUUUUCGGCUGCAGAAUGGCGAUCCUGAUGUUGGAAGCUUCCGGUAUGAGCAGCCACUUGAAGAAGCCGAAGCAGAUUGCACUUGGGCAUCGGUUGCAGACAAGAUUCUGUUGGAUGCAGGAGAGACAGUGCCAACAGCUUCUGAAACCCACUGGCUGCACGUCGGGUAUGUCAAUCAUUCGACUCAUGUUUUCAGUGUUACACCAAUGACUUUGGUCGACUUCCAAAGCGCCGGCCAUGUUGUGAAGCUGUCAGCUUUGCAGGAAGGACAGCAAGCAGAGGCCGUUGUCCAAUCGCUUCGUUCCUUCGAGUUCUUCAAGGCAAACCUGGACCUGGAACAGGUUUGGAGAUUGCGAGUCUUCAAGCUCCGGUCGACGAGUGAGAUACUGACACAGAGUGAACUUUCACCGGCCCUUGUUCAAGCAAUCCCAUAUGACGAGAUUCCGGAGCUCAUUGUUUGGCAGGGGUGGAAGGCCGAGAAAGCCAAGCCGCCGCGACAACGCAGCAACCGUCCAGGCGGCCCAGGCAGGCCUGCUCGGGCCGCUAGGCCUUCCGGGUCUGGCUCUGCGGUGCUCCCUGCCGAGCCUCCGCCGCCGGGUGCUGGUGUCUUCGAAGACCAUGAGCAGGAGGAGACUGCAGAUGGCGAGAAUGCGGUUGCCAAUGAGGUCUUGCAAGAGGCUUCCGAGCUUUUGGGUCGAGAGGAAAAGCCAGAGGGAUCUUCAGAUCAUGACGACGACCGCCCGCUGCCGUCCGACAUCAGUGUGGUCGACGAGGAGACGAUUGAGGAAAGGCAUUUCGACCUGCCAGAUGAAGCCCCUCGGCUUGGCAUUGCUGCUGGUGCUGCUGAUGCCGGUGGGGUUGGCGAGCCCGUCCCUCGUCCUCGUGCUGAAGAUGUCGCUCGUCCUCCUGUGGCUCGUGGCCCUCGUGUACAUGCUUCCCCUGCAGACGUGAUGUCACAGAUGUCGCCCCCAGGGUGCAGAAUGUAUAUAGACUUCAAUCAGCACCGCUUUCAGGCCAAAUUUGGCGCUGCUCAGAGCGAUGCGUGGGAGCAUGCCGGCAUCUUGCGGCAAAAGCAUUUUAAUAGGACGUUCACUCGCGCAGAUUGGCCCGACAAACUCAGUGAAGUCCACGACUGGGCUUGGCGGAAAUGGGGGCUCGCACGUGCAGAGGCAGCUUUUGCUCUUGCAGAAGGCCAAGUGGCCCAGGAUGGCGGCCACGUGCCGCCAGCUGUUAUCGAAGCUUUGGAGCCUGUGAUCCGAGACAUGGGUGAAAGGAAGCAGUACAAGAGAGGCGGGUGA